UCGCACACCACUAAUGCGCUACACGUGCGGAAUUCGAAUUUAGUUCGGUUGUUUUGCAUUUGGUUUUCACCUGCUCAAGGCGAAAAUGGACACCGGCGAAGAGCUAAAGUCCUGGCUGGAGGAGAAAAGCAAACCGUAUCCAUCACGUGUUGAAUUCGCCCUGAAAGUGUGGCAAUCCGUGGAGUUUCCCUAUCCGAACAAGUACGAGAUCGUUGUCCAAUGGCUGAGUGAGUCCCUGCCUGGCUGCAAGGAUCUACCCACGGAGCAGCUCAAGGAUUUCCUCAAGCUACGCUCACAACCUGGAUGGGUAACGCUUAAAAUUAAAUUCCAGUUCAUCCAAACGCUCGUUGAGAUUGUCAGCCGGGAUGAGCGUCCCAGUGAAUCGGUAUUGGAACUGCUAGCCUUGGUGUUUAACUGCGAACUUCUUCAAGAUGCGCUGCGUGCCAAUAACGAACAUCUAACCAAGUGCUAUGGCAGUCUAUUCAGAUGCCACGAAAAAUGCGUCAGGCUGCGCCAAUCUAACAAGGACAAUGAUACGAAUUCGGAGCACUGGGACGUGGAAUUUGUAGUGCCUGUGAUUAAGCAGCUGGCCGAGAUUGCCCGUCGCUCACAGAAUCCCGAAGAGCUGCUCCAAUACUACGAUUCCAACACCGUUCAGCCGCUGGUAGAGCUGAUACUCAGCCUAAAGUCUCCCUGCUUGGCGGAACUUGCCGAGCUGGAGAAGCAACUUAAGGCGAAAUUUACUCCCACACGAGUCGCCGCACAGCCACUGCACAUCAGUCUGCUACUUUUGGAGGCGGCGGUCCUAAACAAUCGCUACGACACAGAUACUCUGAAAGCCAUCAUAAAUGUGGUAUUCGAACUCAGCAAGGAAUCGAAGUCGGCGCUUCCCCUGGCCGCCUACUUGUUGAUUGUCCUGCAAAAGUACGAAAUAUCGUUGCAGUUUGAAAUGGACAAGCCAUCCAACACCGGAUUCACCUUCGUUUCGGAGCAGUUGCUGAUUUUAGUGCGCCAAUACAGGAAAUCGCAUCUCAAGGAGGUGCUGAUUCUACUCUGCGCUGCCCUGCGCUUGAAUCCCCUUCUGCUGGAGCAGAGUGUCUACCAGAUCACCAUCUGGCUUCUAACGACGCCCAAGGAGACCAGCGAGGAGGAGCAGCUGUACUCUGACUUUCUAAUUCUCCUUCUGGACAUGUUCCGUCGCUUGAGCCGCGCCGAACGCUUCAUCAUGAAUCUUUUGAAGGCUCUUAAGGAGUGGCUGGGUAAAUACCCCCUUGAUGCCUUCAACAACGACAGCAAAAAGAGGCGCCUGCAGGAUAAGGAGAAGCCCGAUAAUGCGCAACCAGAGCAGCACUAUCUAAACCUUAUCUUCAGUGCAAUCCCUGCAGUGCAAAGUGCAUCUUCUAGCCAGGACGAUGCCUUUAAGCAGCUUUCGGCAACCUGGCCAAGUCACUCGGCGGGUGUGGCCUUCACUCGCUUGGUUAGCAACCUGAUGAGCAAGCCCUCUCUGGUGAUUUGGAAGACGCUGCUGCACUCCUUCGUCGAACUGCUGGAGGAGGAGCAGCCGGCGGGAGUGCUGCCCGAGAACCUGGACUUCGCUCGCGAGCUGCAUGCUGCGCUGCUCUGUCAGUAUUUGAGCGGCACUCGUUUGGCCGAGCAGGUGCAUCUCUACCAGGCGGAGGUGGAGCAGCAGCUGCAGCACACCUCCCAAGUGCUUGGGCAGUUCGGGCGACGUCUGCUGAGUCAGGAGCACAAUCGCCGGCUGAUGAACGCGUUCCUCGAGUGCACAGAGCGCGCCAGUGGCCUGGAACUGCUGCUCACGCACUAUUGGCCCGACGGGCUGGCCGCCAGCCAAAGACCUCUGCAGCUGAGGGGCUUCCUGCCCACCGCCGAGUGGACACUGAUCCAGCAGCGGGUGCACAACUUCGGCAAGAGCUCUUGUCGCCAGCGUUUGCAGCGCUUGGACCAGCAGCUGGCCGAGAGUGGUUGGCUGCUGCAGGAGCAACGGGCAGCCAAAUGCUCCGACUCCCUCGCCGAGUUGGUGGCCCCCGAGCAGCUCUUUCGCCUGACCAGACCGCAGAAGCAGCUCGUUCUGCAUCAAAGGAGCAAGGACAGAGACUUGUCUGCCUGUCUGGAGGAUUCGGAGUGUGUGGAGCUGCACGCCUUGCAGUUGGUGAAGGGAUAUGCAACUGUAGUUAAAACGGAAAAGGUGAAGGGCUCGCUGUUGGUGAAACUAAAGCUGGAGGAGGAGCAAGCGGAGGAGGCCUUUCUGGUUGGUUUCCUUAGGGAAAAGGCUUCUGUCAACAAGGAGCUGCAGUUGCCAUCGGCUGAUGAGCUGGUGAUGUCGCUGCAGCGGUUGCCGUUGGCCCAGUUGGCCAGUUCCAUUCGCUCGCGUCUCUGGCUGGUGAUCUUUGUCCUCUACAGGGAUCUCAGUCGCAGCCAGCAGAAAGAGCAGGCCAGUCAGGUGCUAGAACUGCUGAUAGAUUUAAUGCACUUUGGCCAUCCGCUGCCCAUCUGCAAUUUCUUUUCGCAGCUCAGCGAGCUGCUGAACGUUAUUCCUACUAGUUCCGCCACGGGUUGGAGCUUCUACGAAACACUUUUCAGCCGCUGCGUUCGUCGCCAGAGUGCAGGCAGUGAGGCAUUCCUGGCCAGCUGCACGGAGUACCUAAAGGACCAGCUGGCGGCAGCCAACAAGUUGCAAACGGAGCAGUGUCGCCUCCUGCUGCUGGCCAUCGAAACGCUGUCCAGUGUGAGCGGCGCCCAGGGCAGGAGAAUGCAGCGACAUCUGCAGCCACUGCUCGAGAUCUAUGGCGAGAUGGUGGCCCACAAGUUCCGCUCCAAGAAGAAGGAGGCUUCCGCGUACAAGGAGUUCGUGAGCAGCACUCUGGCUGGAUAUGCGACCUAUGUGAGCAGCUGCAUCAAUCGCGAGGCCAGGCAGGAAAGGGAGAAGGAGCAGCAGGACAAGAAGAGGGAACAGGACAAGCAGGAGCCACUGGAGGAGCAGCAGGAACCGGAAAGGAAAAAGAAAAAGAAGGAUAAGAAGCAGGCCAAAUCUGAGGAGGAAAACAAGGAAAACGUAGAGACGCUGCCAAUCGUUGACGAGAACUUCCGGCGCAUUUGCAAGAUCUACAUCGGUCACUCGCUUAACUAUCGCAAUGCCCAUGCCAUUCGCCUGCUGAAUGUGGCCCUGACCCAUCGCCAGCGCCUGCAUUUGGAUCCCGAUGAAAUAGAGUUCGUGUUGAGCAGCUACUGGAGGCAACUGAAUGAAGACAUUGAGACGGGGGACAUAUCCGCCAGCUCGGCGUUGGAUUGCCUAGAGCCCGCCAUAAAGCUAAUCAUUGGCUACAAGACCAACGAGGACUUCCUGCUGCUUCUGCGUCGCCUGUCCUCGCAGGUGCAGCAAAUGCCUCGCCCCGAGACGUCUGCCCAGCACACAGCUCUCCAGAACGUGCUCACCCUGCUGGCCCUCUUCGCCAAAUGUUCGCUGAGCAGUGUCAAGGGAGCGAUGCUCAACGAGCACUUUGAGUUGAUCAGCGUGAGUGCGGCACUGCGCCUGCCGGAGCCCAAGGAUCCAGCAUAUCGUGGUCAUGUUCUCCGCCUGUUGGAAGCCCAGCGAAACCUGGCCGGAAAUCGCACGGUUCCGCUCACGGGGGAAACUCUGGAUUGCCUGCUCGGCAGCCUGCUGGACGUGGACAUCAAGCACCUGAUCAGCAAAGGUGGCAGUUGGCAGGACUUCGUGGACCUGUACGGAGCCGUGACCGACAACCUGGUGGCCCUGCUGAAGCAGCACACCAACCUGAUGUCCGACCGAGCCGCCCAGCUGAGUGCGUUGUGCCAGGACCUUAUCCAGGCCAUCAUUGGCUAUCGAGCCGAGCGAAAGCAGACGCAGGACAUCAACGAAACGGAGCUAGAUGGCCUAGCGGACUUGGGCCUCAAAUUGGCCACUCUGAUGGCCACGGUGGCAACCACUCAGGCGCUGGCCGUGAAGCGAGUGGCGCCCUUCCUGCUCAUCUUCACCAUCCGCCAGAUGGUGGCCACCGAAAGGCCAACCACGCUCUUCGAAAAGGUUAAGGUCCACAUAGUGCGCGUGUGCCACGAGCUCAUUGGCAUUUGUGACCACCGCGCCGGACACUUCAUCCUGCGCUCCAGCAGCGAGGCGGGCGCCAGGAUGUACGAGGGUCUGGUGAAGGAGCAUGAGAAGUACCACAGAUUUAGGGGCAAGGUGUAAGGCAAGGAACACCAAUACAAUCCCCGCACGCUCUAUUGGUUUCACUUGUGUUAAUUCCCAUUGCUUCAAAAUAAAUAUACAUAUAUUCAAAUAAGUACCCUA